UACAACACGACACGCACCUCAGCUCUCACACUACACUCGUUCCCCACGACACCAAUUGCGAGUCUCCUCGUCUGCGAAAAUCUCACCAACAAUGCUGCGCGGGGGUUGGAAUUGUUCACGGUUUAAUUGUUUAUAGCACUAAUUGAUAGGGCUUGAAAAAAGGUGGAAGUGAGAGAAGAAGAAGAAGCGGAAGGAUGUCAGAUGGCUCGAAGUCGCGCGCUCCGUCCUCUUUCCACUUCCUCGCCGGCCUCUCCUCAGGCAUCCUCUCCGCCGUCCUCCUCCAGCCCGCCGACCUCCUCAAAACCCGCGUCCAGCAAUCCCACCAAAACACCUACCUCGCCACCAUCCGCUCCAUCGCUCGUGGUCCCUCGCCCCUACGCCAAUUCUGGCGCGGCACCCUCCCGUCGACGCUCCGCACGGGCUGCGGCUCCGCGCUCUACUUCUCCGGCCUGAAUGCCCUGCGGCAGGAAGUCGCUCGGGCGAGCGUCCGUGGGACCGCCGCCGGUGCUGGUGGUGACGGCCACUCAAGCAGUCUCCCGAAACUCACGAACAGUGCGAACCUAGCCACAGGCGCGGUCGCGCGCACGUGGGCGGGCUUCGUGAUGAUGCCGAUCACGGUGCUGAAAGUGCGGUAUGAGAGCAAUUUGUACGCGUACACGUCGCUGGUGUCGGCGACGCGGGAUAUCUGGGCGCGGGAGGGGGUGCGGGGGUUCUUUGCGGGGUUUGGGGCCACGGCGGUGAGGGACGCGCCGUAUGCGGGACUGUAUGUGGUUUUCUAUGAGCAGAGUAAGAGGAGGUUGUCGAGGUUGGCUACGAGGAUUGAGGAGAAGGCGGGGGGGAAUGCUGCUGGGGAUGGAGGGGUGGAGGGUGCGGGGAAGUUGAGUUCGAGUACGGCGGCGGGGAUUAAUUUUAUGUCGGGGGUUAUGGCGGCGGGACUGGGGACGACGCUGACGAAUCCGUUCGAUGCGAUUAAGACGAGGUUGCAGCUUAUGCCGGGGCGGUAUACGAAUAUGGUGGUUGCGGCGAAGAGGAUGCUCGCUGAGGAGGGCGUGAGGAGUCUGUUCGAUGGGCUGGGGAUCAGGAUCGCGAGGAAGGCGGUUAGUUCGGCGUUGGCGUGGACGGUGUACGAGGAGUUGAUUCGGAGGGCGGAGAGGGGGUGGGAAGGGGUAGGGGAGAGGAUUUGAAGUUGGAGUUUAUGAAGCAGGGCGGGAGAGAGAAACGUUUUGACGACAAAAUCACAUGUACUAACAAACUCACUGUAUCAUUAUAACGCGAACCACCUUUUCCAUAUUUGUAUGCAUAAGUAUCUAUAUAUAGCUAGCUCUCUCUGCCUUUAGAAAUGUAUAACGACGCUCGAACGAAC